GCCUAGGUAUGUCGAUUUGUUCAAAAUUUGUGAUGUCAAAAUUUUUAUAGCUAGUCUUGGGUCAAAAAUUUAUUCAAAUAUAUCAAUACGACUGCGUUUUGACAAUUAGCCGAAUUAACGACGUCGUUCUCCUGUAUUCUUCUUUCUUCCUCCCUACUGAACCAAAAAAUAAAAUAUUUUGUUUUUACAGAAUCUAACAGAGUAAAGUAAACUUGGACGGCGACGGCGAUGGCGGCGGCGGCGGGGGAGUGUUCAUCAUACACAAGUGAAGUAUCAGAGAGAAGAGGAAUACCAGCCGCUUCAUUCGUACAAGAUGUUCAAUCUUAUCUUAACCAAUCUGGUCUCGAUGUCAAUUCUGCUCUUGGUUUCCUACAAGAAAGACUUCAGCAGUACCGAGUGGUUGAAAUGAAACUUCUAGCCCAACAGAGGGAUCUUCAGGCAAAGAUUCCCGACAUAGAGAAAUGCUUGGACAUAGUUUCUACUUUGCAAGCUAAAAAGGAGAGCGGUGAGGCACUAGUCACUGAUUUUGAAUUGUCAGAAGGUAUUUAUUCCCGGGCUAGAAUUGAAGACACUGAAUCUGUGUGCUUAUGGCUAGGGGCAAAUGUCAUGCUGCAGUAUUCAUGUGAAGAGGCUACUGCGCUUCUUCAAACAAACUUAGAAAAUGCAAAAGCCAGUUUAGAGGUUCUUGUGGCUGAUCUGCAAUUUUUGAGAGAUCAAGUGACAAUUACUCAGGUCACAACUGCUCGUGUAUACAACUGGGAUGUACAUCAACGUAGACUUCGACAAGCUACUACCCCCAAAGAAUCAUGAGAAACACCAAUCUUUCAUUGAAAGAGGUGGUGGUAGACAUUGCUUCAGAGUACGAUUCAGAUCAUUUUGGUCCGUCUUUGUAGGUUGAUUUUGAAAUGUUCUUGCAAAGAUCAUAAAUUAGUUUGGUUCCGCUAUCAUUAAUGGGUUCAAUCUUACAAUUUCGGCUUCUAUGUGUAUGAAACUAAAAUGUGAUUUGUCCAAAGACACAAAAUAUGAGUUGGUUGGAUGA